AUCCCCUGCUUUCCCCCCGGCCUCAGUCUUUUGACUCAUCAACGCCACAGAGCUGCCCCGAGGCGUCGCCGCCUUCUUGCGCGCUUGGCACAAGCAAGCUAGGUUUCGAGGCGCGUUAGAGAUGAUCGGGCGGGGCCGUGGUGGCGGCGGCGUGAAGAAGAAGGACACGGAGGAGGAAUGGCCCAACCUCGUGGACGUGAUACUAUCUUGGAGUCCCGAGGUUGUCAUGAACGAGGGCCUCUUCAAGGACAAGGUGAAAAGGAUACCUUCCACAUUCAAAUACCUCAAGAGCUACUUGGAGUCAUACACCUCUCCAUUGCUGGAGGAGUUGAGAGCUGAGAUGUCGUCCAGCUUGGAAUCCAUAUCUACCAUGCCCUUUGUCAGGGUCUCAUGGAUUGAAGAAAAGAAGGACGAAAGAAUUUAUGAAAUUUCUGUUAAGUCUGAUUCCCAGAUUGCUAAGUCAUGUAAUCAGCCUGAAUGUUAUGCUCCAAGUGUUGGUGAUAUCAUUAUAAUGUCUGAUGUAAAGCCGGGGCAUAUUUCUGAUAUUACUCGCAAUGGAAGGUCAUACCGUAUUGCCUUCGUCACAGAAGGAGGGGAUGAAGAUGAUGAUUCACCACCAGCCAAGUAUGUGAUCAUAGCAUCGGGAAAAAUUGAUGCUGCCGAUGGGAACUGUCAAGAUGGGAAAAGGAGCUCACUUUUUGCUGCUUAUUUGCUUAACAUUGUGACCUACAUCCGUAUAUGGCGUUGCCUUGACUAUGAAGCAACAGUAAGAAGAGAACAACGCCUCAUAAAGGAGAUGGUACAUUAUCCGCUGGAAAAAGAUAAUCUUCAGAAAUGCACAAAAGGUGUUGGUUCAAUUGACAGCAUGGAAAUAUGGACCAAGUUGUCUACAAUGGAACUUAACAAUUCUCAGAAUGAUGCUGUGCUGAAUUGUGUUUCAGCAAUGCAUUGCAACAGCAGCAGCAGCUUUAGCUUUAUCUGGGGUCCCCCUGGCACAGGAAAGACAAAAACAAUCAGUGUGCUACUGUGGUUAAUGAGAGAAAUAAAUCAUGGUACACUCACAUGUGCACCAACAAACCUUGCUGUUAAACAAGUUGCUUCACGUUUCUUGAGGUUGAUCAAAGAGCGUUCUUUUGAUGCAAGCUGCUUGGGAGAUGUUCUACUGCUUGGCAAUAAAAAGCGCAUGUCUGUUGAUGGUGAUCUCAAAGAGAUAUAUUUACAUGACCGUGUAAGGAAGCUUCUUGGCUGCUUUGCACCAAAGACUGGAUGGAGACAUUGCCUAUCUUCCCUGUCUGAUCUUUUUGAGAAUGGUUACUCCCAAUAUCUACAAUACCAAGAGGAAGGUGAUAAACCUUCCUUUUUCUCUUACACCAGAAAGAGAUUUGUUAUUAUUUAUAUGGAGCUUAGGAGAUGUUUCAAAGAAUUAUUAUUUCAUGUCCCGAAAUCAACGAUCCUGGAAGUGAAUUACAACAAUAUCCUUUCAAUUCUCGAAAUGCUUGAAGAUUUCAACAUCAUGUUCCAGCGGAAGAAUAUCGGGGAUGAAAUUAAGGAAGUUUUCUUGUACAAUAAUGGUGAAGCCGAUUCCAGAAACUCUAGUGUGGCGAAACAUUGGAAGACAAUUAUCACUCUUGGCAAAGCGAGAUUAAAAUGUCUUGAGCAACUAAACAUGCUGUUAAGUUGCUUGAAACUUCCUACAACAUCCUCAAAGCAUAUCAUUCGUGAUUUCUGUAUUAAAAGAGCUUCCAUAAUUUUCUGUACUGUAUCUAGCUCGUCAAAAGUAAUAACUAACAAAAAGCUAGAGUUGCUUGUCGUUGAUGAGGCUGCCCAGUUGAAAGAAUGUGAAACAUUGAUCCCUUUGCGUUUGCCGGCCUUAAAGCAUGCUAUUCUUAUUGGUGAUGAGUGCCAAUUGCCAGCAACAGUGAAAAGCAAGGUUUGCACGGAUGCAUUAUUUGGAAGAAGCCUUUUCGAAAGGUUGAGUUCACUUGGGCACGAAAAACAUCUACUUAAUAUGCAAUACAGAAUGCAUCCAUCCAUUAGUCUUUUUCCAAACAUCAGCUUUUAUGACGGGAAAAUCUCAGAUGCUCCUUGUGUCAUGCAAAAAGAGCACCGAAAGAAGUAUCUUCCAGGUUUUAUAUUUGGUCCUUACUCCUUUAUAAAUAUUGAAGAGGGAAGGGAGGAAAUCGAUGAACUUGGUCAUAGCAGAAAAAACUUGGUUGAAGUUGUUGUCGUUGAAGAAAUAUUGCGAAAUCUUCAAAGAGCUUGCUCUAAACCUAAAAAGAAAGUUACAGUUGGUGUCAUAUGCCCAUACACCGCUCAAGUUCUGGCAAUUCAACAAAAACUAGAGAAAAUGAAGUUUGACCCAGUACUAGUGAAAAUUAAUUCUGUUGACGGCUUUCAAGGUGGUGAGGAAGACAUAAUCAUUUUAUCAGCUGUGAGGUCUAACUCAGAUGGGGUGGUAGGUUUUCUUUCAAACAGACAGCGCACAAAUGUGUCUUUGACACGAGCAAGAUAUUGCCUAUGGAUUCUGGGAAAUGCAAGAACCUUAUCCAGAAGUGGUUCUAUCUGGGCUGAUCUAGUUCGCAAUGCGAAGGAUCGGCGGUGUUUCUUCAAUGCCAGUAGUGACAAGGCUAUCUCUAGCGUGAUUGCUAAGCAAAAGACUGAUAUCAGUAAAGUUAAAGUUAAAAAGAACACACCUCACACAAGUUCCAGAAAUAGCGGGUUUUGGGUUCAGGUACGAUCCCAAAGUGAGCUGAAUGAACAAGGCUCUUCUUCGAUGUGUGUUCCACCUGAUGCUGGGAGCCUGUCAAGUGAUAUUGCUGCCGAUUCUGACUUGCAGCGUCCAAGAGAUAAAAAGGAGGAUGUUGAGGAUAUCACUGCCUGCUUAAGUAAUCUUAAAACCCACUGAAGAUUCCUCAGUCUUGAGCUCAUGAGGUGACAAUGUGAUCUGUUUCAGUUUGACUGUCUGAAAGCGCACACUGGCAAAAACCUUUCUGAAAGACCCACACUGGAAAAACUGGCAGCAGGGUUAUUCAUCCUUUACUUAUUUGCUUAGUUGGUGAAUUGUGGCUAUGUGAUAUGCGCGGUUUAUAUCAUAGCAAAAACUGUGUAAUAGUGAACGGCUUUGUACAUCUUUGGAUGUAGCGAUUGAAAUAUGUUUUAUUCUAUUAUCUAAAACAGAAAGCUCAGAGGCCAAA